UGUCACCUGGCUGGCAGCUCUAAAAGAUAGUACCUCAGCCUAUUCUAUAGCAUCACACUGUGAGUGUACUAGAAGCGCUUUCUAAAUCUGGAACAGAACAAAGUAUUCCAACAACAAUGGAAACUGCAGUAGUCAUCUCUCUCACUCUGUUCAUACUCACAGGUCUCUGUGUCGGUCAGGGUCUGUUUCCACAAGGUCCUGUGAAUGGAGCAGAAGGAGGGACAGCGAUGUUCAUCACAAAUCUAAGUCCACCAGUCAAGCCAUUCAUAAGAAUAUCCUGGAGUGUUGGUGGAGUCAGUAUUAUAGCCUAUAAAGGUAAUGACUCUAUAGGGCCUGGAUACGGAGGCAGGAUCACCCUGAACAAAACUACUGGAUCUCUGGAACUCAGGAAUCUGACCCUGGCUGACAGAGGAGAAUACAUAGUGACUAUAACAACAGCUACAGCAGAAACAAUCAAUGGAUCAACUGAACUGGUUGUGUAUGAGAAUAUAUCUGAUGCCAACAUCACAGGACCACCAAACCAUCUGUUUGCAGAUUGGAGCUCCGCCAAUUUAACCUGUGAGGCUGCUGGUAACAUCACUGUUAUACAAUGGAUGAAGGAAGGUCAGUCUCUGUCUGCUGGUGGCAAUAUAUUAUUCUCAGAGGAAAACAGGACAUUAUUCAUCAGUCCUGUGAAGAGACACGACAGCGGAGGAUAUGUGUGUAAACUCACCAACCCUGCCAGCUCUGCUACUGCCUCCUAUAGAAUGAUAGUGAACUAUGGACCAGAGUCCAUGACCAUCCUGGGCCAAAACAUCGCUGAGGUGGACACACAUACCCUCAUUUACUGCUCCGUUCAGUCUGUACCGCCUGCUACGUUCAUCUGGUUGUUCAAUGGGCAAAGGACAGGUGUACAUGAAGCUGGAUACAUCAUAAAGAAGGUCAGCUACAACAACAGUGGGGACUACAGAUGUGAUGCUAGGAAUGAUCUCACCGGAAAUGUUAUCAGUAUGGACCAUAGUCUGUCAGUAAAAGAUAAAACCCCUCCACCCCUGAGCCCAGCGGGAGCAGCAGGUAUAGCAGUCGCUGUGAUGUUGGUAGUGGUUGCUGUGGCUCUUGGUCUCUAUUUCGGCAUAACUCAUCAUUGGAACAAUUCCACAAAUACUACUGAGACAGGAAGCAGCCAUGCACCUGACACAAGCCAUGGACCAGGAAGCAGCCAUGCACCUGGCACCAGCCAAGGACCAGGAACCAGCCUUGCACCUGACACCAGCCAUGGACCAGGAACAAAAGGUGGUCGUGUGUAUGAGAAUGUAGGACCUCCACUGCCACCUCCAAGAAGCUCCAACAUAUACAACAGAAGUAUAAAGUGCUCAGCCAUCCAGCUAUAUCACACAGAUCACAUUUGUAGCAGGAGUGCUAUGGAAAAAUGCAGACUGUCUGCCGUUUUUCUGCUGGCACACAUUGGCCUCUCUUCAGUUUUGGAAGCUCAGGUCAGUGUUGAAUCACAUGUGACGGCGUACCUGGGUAAUGAUGUCAUACUGCGUUGUAAGUUGCUCCAGGGCAAUCUCACUCAGGCUGAGUGGCAGUUGGAGAAAUCAGAUACUAAAAGGGUUUCCAUAGCUGUCUUUAGCCCUAACUUAGGGCUAAACAUUUCUGGGUCACCCCUAAAAGGGAGGUUGGUGUUCGCUGGAGCUUCCACAGGUGAUUCCUCUAUUACUAUAAAAGAUGUGGAGAUGACUGAUGCAGGGAAAUACACCUGUCUCCUGACAGUCUUCCCCAGUGGCUCAAUUGAGGGGACAACCAUCCUCACUCUACUGGAUCAGACUCCACCUCCAUCAUCUGGCGCGGUUGCUGGGAUUGUUACCGCAGCCCUCCUGGUAACAGUUGUUGUGACAGCCACAGCUUACCUCAUCAUUGUCAGGAAGAGGCACAAGGCUUUAUUCAACCCCUCUGUCAGCAUUGAUGCAAGCAGCCUGGCGGUUAAUGCUGACAGGACAGGAACAGGAAGAGAAGAGGACCUGGUUUAUUCUGAGAUCGUCAGAUUCAACAUUGACAAGAGCAAAGCACACGACUCAUCUGGAGAAGACCAGAAAGAUGCAGACGUCAAGCCGGCUGAGGAAGUCACCUACUCUGCAGUGGCAGUGGGGAACCAGCAUCCUUUAAGGGAAGACACAGUUUACUCUCAGGUGGUGAGAAAGGACUGGGACAUAGAUGAUGUAUGGACUGUGUAAGCACAAUAACAGAAAAGGGCUAACCAGACAUCCUUUAUAUUCACAUACAUUUAACUGAAAUUAUCUCUUGUUGGGGAAGUGACCUCCUUAUUAGACAAAGCCAUCUGGAUCCUAGAGAAGGGCUAUGUGUGUGAAUACUGAAAAAUUAUUGCCACCGACAGAAUGCUAUAUAUAUGGGGCAUACAACAAUCUCAGCUCUGUAGAUUUUGUUGUGAAGAGACAGAAUCAAUAGAUCAUUUAUUCUGUUAUUGCCCCUAUGUAGCUUGUUUCUGGUCACAGGUUCAGGAAUUGUUUUUAAAAAACACAACAUGCACUUUGGAAAGCCAUAGUCCGUCAAUAAAGAAUAUAAUAAUACUCUUAGGAAAGGUUUUCGUCUUUAGCUCACAAUCUGUGGAUAAUAUAUGAUUAGAAAGGUUAAAACAUGUUGUCAAACAUCACAGCACAAUUGAGAAAUACAUGGCACAUGGAAACCAAACAAGGGUGGUCUAUGGUGAUAAGUGGGAUGUGCUGAGAGUGGCUGAGGGUUUGGAUUAAAGAGUUUAUGUUUGUUUAGGUAUUAUUGUUAUGUGACUGCUUUAUGUAAAAGUGCCAUGUACAGUUGAAGUCAGAAGUUUACAUACACUUAGGUUGGAGUCAUUAAAACUAGUUUUUCAACCACUCCACAAAUUUCUUGUUAACAAACUAUAGUUUUGGCAAGUCGGUUAGGACAUCUACUUCGUGCAUGACACAAGCAAUUUUUCAGACAGAUUAAUUCACUUAUAAUUCACUGUAUCACAACUCCAGUAGGUCAGAAGUUUACAUACACUAAGUUGACUACCUUUAAACAGCUUGGAAAUUUUCAGAAAAUGAUGUCAUGGCUUUAGAAGCUUCUGAUGGGCUAAUUGACAUCAUUUGAGUCAAAUGGAGGUGUACCUGUGGAUGUAUUUCAAGGCCUACCUUCAAACUCAGUGCCUCUUCGCUUGACAUCAUGGGAAAAUCAAAAGAAAUCAGGCAAGACCUCAGAAAAAAAUUGGUAGACGUCCACAAAUCCGGUUCAUCCUUGGGAGCAAUUUCCAAAUGCCUAAAGGUACCACGUUCAACUGUACAUCAAUAGUACACAAGUAUAAACACCAUGGGACCACGCAGCCGUCAUUCCGCUCAGGGAGGAGACGCGUUCUGUCUCCUAGAGAUGAACGUACUUUGGUGCGAAAAGUGCAAAUCAAUCCAAGAACAACAGCAAAGGACCUUGUGAAGAUGCUGGAGGAAACAGGCACAAAGGUAUCUAUAUCCACAGUAAAAUGAGUCCUAUAUUGACAUAACCUGAAAGGCCGCUCAGCAAGGAAGAAGCCACUGUUCCAAAACAGCCAUAAAAAAGACAGAAUACGGUUUGCAACUGCACAUGGGGACAAAGAUCAUACUUUUUGGAGAAAUGUCCUCUGGUCUGAUGAAACAAAAUUAGAACUGUUUGGCCAUAAUGACCAUCGUUAUGUUUGGAGGAAAAAGCAGGAGGCUUGCAAGCCAAAGAUCACCAUCCCAACCGUGAAGCACGGGGGUGGCAGCAUCAUGUUGUGGGGGUGCUUUGCUGCAGGAGGGACUGGUGCACUUCACAAAAUAGAUGGCAUCAUGAGGACAGACAAUUAUGUGAAUAUAUUGAAGCAACAUCUCAAGACUUCAGUCAGGAAGUUAAAGUUUGGUCGCAAAUGGGUCUUCCAAAUGGACAAUGACCCCAAGCAUACUUCCAAAGUUGUGUAAAAAUGGCUUAAGGACAACAAUGUCAAGGUAUUGGAGUAGCCAUCACAAAGCCCUGACCUCAAUCCUAUAGAAAAUUUGUGGGCAGAACUGAAAAAGCAUGUGCGAGCAAGGAGGCCUACAAACCUGAUUCAGUUACACCAGCUCUGUCAGGAGGAAUAGGCCACAAUUCACCCAACUUAUUGUGGGAAGCUAGUGGAAGGCUACCCAAAACGUUUGACCCAAGUUAAACAAUUUAAAGGCAAUGCUACCAAAUACCAAUUGAGUGUAUGUAAACUUCUGAUCCACUGGGAAUCUGAUGAAAGAAAGAAAAGCUGAAAUAAAUAAUUCUCUACUAUUAUUCUGACAUUUUACAUUCUUAAAAUAAAGUGACCUAAGACAGGGCAUUUUUACUAGGAUUAAAUGUCAGAAAUUGUGAAAAAUUGUUUAAAUGUAUUUGGCUAAGGUGUAUGUAAACUUCCGACUUCAACUGUAUGUAAAAUGUAUAUGUAAAAUGCAUGUAUAUGUAGUAAAAAAGCUGUCAAAAAAACUAAGAUAUUUGUCCUCUGAAUAGGGGUGUGGUGGAUGGGUUAAUAAAAAAAAUAUUUC